UAAAGUUCAUGAGCAGGAAACUGAAUUUACCUCCUACUUACAAUAUAGUGUGGCAUCACUUGUUGACCAACAAACAUGGCAUCCUGCAUUUUUGGUUUCAUUGUAUCCCUCAUAAUUGUAUUAUGUGUGUCCUGCACAGUCAAUGCAGGAAUGGCAUUUGUGCAUGAAGAAAAACCAGACAUUAAGAAACAGACAAUUUCCCCUGUCAACACUCAGCAAAUGAUUUUGGAACCCCUGAGGAACAUUGGACCCAUGUCUUUCAGGGAACUUGGUAAGAAAGAGAACGUGAAAACAACUUUUGGAGGUCAUGAUGGCUAUACAGCUGGAGGGAGGCACAGCUUUUCCACAUCAGAUUCAAGCAUCCAAAUGUCCAACAAAGGAAGCAACUUUCCACAAGACCUCAUCAAUGGGAAUGUUAACUUGGCACAAUUUAUCAAUCAACCAGCUACUGCUGCACCUGCUUUGUCUCACCCAGAGAAAAGAGAAAUUCAACCAUGGGAAAAGCUGUUGCAGGAAACAUCCAAUGGAGGAUUUUCUGCAUUCAACUCAAAGGUAAAAGGCACUUAUGAGGCGAGGUUGGACCCAGAGGAGCUUUUCAACUACUCAGAUGACACCACAAAAACAUUUUUCAAGGAUGGCCAAAAACGAAGACGGAGACACAUUUCCCAUGCAAAAAAUCGCACCAACAUUGAGGUGACUUCGGAUAAAUCCCCAUUGUCAUACACUUGGAGCAAACUUGAGGUCCCAGUUCAAGCUUUCAUUGUGAACCUUAACCAAGAUGGCAAUGAAGAUGAAGCACUUGAUGUA